UUGUUUCCAGGCCCUGGCCCUGAAAUCUAGGUUCAGAAAAACUUGUACAGGUGUAAUUUGUUCAACCAACCGGAUUCGGAUUAUACCUAACUCGGAUUUUGAUCCAAUAUGGGCUUGCCGGAGUUAGAAUCAAUGGCUCCGGCGAUCGGAGUAUCGGUGCCGGUGCUCCGUUUCUUGCUCUGUUUCAUCGCUACAAUUCCGGUGAGCUUCCUACACCGUUUUGUACCUAGCGCCACCGGUAGACACCUAUACGCCGCCGUCACCGGCGCUGUUCUGUCGUACUUGUCGUUUGGGUUCUCGUCAAAUCUUCACUUCUUUGGGCCUAUGCUUCUGGGUUAUGCUUCUAUGGUCCUCUGUCGCCGUUACUGCGGGAUCAUCACUUAUAUAGCUGCUUUUGGUUAUCUUAUUGGAUGCCAUGUAUACUACAUGAGUGGGGAUGCAUGGAAGGAGGGAGGAAUCGAUGCUACAGGAGCCUUAAUGGUGAUAACGCUGAAAAUAAUUUCAUCUGUGAUUAAUUACCAAGACGGAUUGUUGAAGGAGGAGGAUUUGCGUGAGUCUCAGAAGAAAAAUCGUUUGCUCGAGUUGCCAUCAUUACUUGAGUAUGUUGGUUUCUGUCUCUGUUGUGGAAGUCAUUUUGCAGGUCCAGUGUAUGAAAUGAAGGAUUACCUUGAAUGGACAGAAAGAAAAGGAAUAUGGAAACCUUCAGAGAAAGGAAAACCCUCACCUUUUGGAUCAACUUUAAGGGCUCUUUUUCAAGCUGCUAUAUGUAUGGGGUUGUAUCUCUAUCUGGUGCCUCAUUUCCCACUUUCCUGGUUCACUGAUCCAGUAUACCACGAAUGGGGUUUCUUCAAACGGUUGGGUUACCAAUAUAUGGCUGGCUUUACUGCCCGGUGGAAAUAUUAUUUUAUCUGGUCAAUCUCUGAAGCUGCUAUAAUCAUAUCUGGACUGGGUUUCAGUGGUUGGACAAAUUCUUCUCCGCCAAAACCACGUUGGGACCGUGCCAAAAAUGUUGAUGUAUUGGGUGUUGAGUUAGCAAUGAGCUCGGUUCAGUUACCACUUGUAUGGAACAUUCAAGUCAGCACAUGGCUGAGGCAUUAUGUGUAUGAAAGGCUCGUACAGAAGGGAAGGAAGCCUGGUUUCUUCCAGUUGCUGGCUACUCAAACUGUCAGUGCCGUUUGGCAUGGAUUAUAUCCUGGGUACAUCAUAUUCUUUGUUCAGUCUGCUUUGAUGAUUGCUGGAUCAAGAGUCAUUUACAGAUGGCAGCAAGCUACAAAAGGUACUAUGUUUGAGAAGAUACUGGUAGCAAUGAAUUUUGCCUACACACUGCUGAUUCUAAACUACUCCGCUGUUGGGUUCAUGGUAUUAAGUCUGCAUGAAACUCUUACUGCUUACGGAAGUGUAUACUAUAUUGGAACAAUUAUACCAAUUCUUCUCAUCCUGCUUAGUAAAGUGAUUAAGCCUCCAAGACCUGCGACAUCUAAAGCUAGGAAAGCAGAGUGAAUCCAAGUCAGUUUCUUGAGAUUGUUGCUUAGAUUCUAUUUAUUCUGUUUCAAUGGCUAGAUAGCACUUAGUUUUGAGCAGAAUAGGAGAAGUAGAAUUUUUACUCCUUAACUGGCCACUGAAAGUCAUGUAGCCAAUUGUAUAAUUAUUGGGAAUCAUCUUGGCCACAGGAAUUGAUAAAUGAUUGUUUUUGCUACUAGCUAAUCAAGUUCUGUUCUUGCAUUCAA